GUCGCCUAGGAUCAGGUUCCCCCCCAGCUUUCCCCAUCUGUUCCCUUGCGCCGCCUCUCAUUAUCCGGAGCUGCCCGCUCCUCCUGCCUAGCGACAGCGGCGGCGGCGGGGCGGCCCAGGUGGCGCAAGGUGGGAGGAGGGCGGCAGAGGCGGCGGGGAAACAGCCGCAAGGCUCCCCACCGCGUCGGCGCGGGACCUUGGGACAAGAGCGCGCCGAAUGCCGCGCCAAACUCGCCGAGCCAGGGCUUCGAUCUGAUUGGCGGGAACGCCAGGGGGACGCCCCGUCGGAGAGAGCCUGAUUGGCCGGAUUGUAAAAAUAUGUUGCAGGGCGCCAGAAUAGAAGCUUUAGCGCCUAGUGGAAUCUCGGGGCUGCGGGGAAGCGGCCAGUGCAGGCACGUCGCAGGCGCAAGCGAGGGAGGAAGGGCGCGGGAGGUCAGCGCUGCAUUGGGGCGGGGGGCUCUUUUUCUUCCCCUUCGGAGGCACCCCCAUGAGCCUCAAGUCCGGCUGCGGCUUUGGCGGGCCUGGAGGCGCUGACGCGAAGGGCUCCCUUUGAGAGGACAGGAAGGAAACUCUCGAGAAAAAAAUGUGGGAGAUGAUGUAAGGUGCUGACCCUCUUGUGCAACUCUCAAUUUUACAGAUGGAGGUUAACUGCUUAACGCUAAAAGACCUGAUCAGCUCGAGACAUGGAAAAAGGGAUUUUAUAGAUGAAGAUGGGGAAAGUGCUCAAAAGGAAAACAUAUUUGAUCGACCCAGAAUGACCCCAAAGACUCCCAUGAAAAAUGAACCCAUUGAUUUGUCAAAGCAAAAAACCUGUACCCCCGAGAGAAGUCCAAUUACACCUGUUAAGCUGACGGAUAGGCCCCUGGCAGAUCCAUGGACCCCCACAGCUAACCUAAAGAUGCUUAUUAGUGCUGCUAGCCCUGACAUGCGGGACAGAGAAAAGAAGAAGGAGCUCUUCAGGCCAAUUGAGAACAAUGAAUUUAAUGACGCUUUUCCCGAUUCCUUGCAGUGUGGCACCGUAGAUGAUGGAACAGUGGAUGAAUAUGAAAAGCAGAGACCCAGCAGAAAGCAGAAAAGCUUAGGGCUGCUGUGCCAAAAGUUCUUAGCUCGCUACCCCAGUUAUCCUUUAUCAGCAGAAAAAACAACAAUUUCUUUGGACGAAGUGGCAUCUAGUCUUGGGGUUGAGCGUAGACGAAUUUAUGACAUAGUGAAUGUCUUGGAGUCUCUUGAUCUCGUUAGCCGGGUAGCUAAGAAUCAGUACUGUUGGCAUGGUCGUCACAGCUUGAGUCAAACACUCAGAAACCUCCAGGAAAUAGGAGAGCUGCAGAAAUAUGAAGAACUUAUGGCUUCUUUCCAGCAUAAAGAGCUAGACCUUGACUGUAAAUUUGGAGAACACAAAAAAGAGACUUUUCUAGAUUUCCAAGACCGGCAGUUGCUUGACUUCUCGGAGACAGAUUGUCCUUCUGCGUCUGCAAACAGCAGAAAGGACAAGUCGUUGAGGAUUAUGAGCCAAAAAUUUGUCAUGCUGUUCCUCGUCUCCAAGACCAAGAUAGUUACUCUCGACAUAGCAGCGAAAAUAUUGAUAGAAGAAAGCCAGGAUACAGCAGAUCACAGCAAGUUUAAAACAAAGGUACGGCGAUUGUACGAUAUUGCCAAUGUCCUGACAAGCCUUGGGCUCAUCGAGAAAGUGCAUGUAACAGAGGAAAGAGGUCGUAAGCCAGCCUUCAAAUGGAUUGGGCCGGUGGAGUUCACUGGAGACAAUGGUGGCAUAAAGAUGGAGAUUCCGACCUGUGCUGCUUUGACGAAAGCGAAAGGGGCGGCACGUGUCCCCCACCAAGCCUGUUCCAGUAGGAAAGAGCGGCUCUCGCGACAUGCUUCUUUUGGCACUGCUCAGCCUUCCGAAGUGGCCAAGAGGAAGGCCAGCUCAGAACCCAGCAGCCCACGCAGGGGAAACAAGGAUGACUGCUGCUCCAAAAUGAUAAAUCUAGCAUCUGUUUGCUGCCAGAAGAUGGAAGAUGACGCAAGCAAAGGUCUCGAAGCGGCUGGAAACCUGGGCAUCAUUUCCCCUUUCUCUGUUCUCCCUGGAGACUCAGACUAUUGUCUUAACACCUUCCCUCCCCUCUCCUCAAAUGCAAGCUCAGACACGUCACAGCCGUCUCUGCCAAAUGGGAUAAAUGACCAAGGAUUAUCGGCUUCCAAGUCAGAGGCUGGCAAAACCACUGUGCUCUCCAACCAACCUUUUGUUUACUUGCCAUCUCCCUCUCUGUACAUGCUGUGUGGCAGUCUUCAUGAGAGUCUCUCGAGGGGAAGUCCUCCAGAAAAGGGAAAUUGGGACCUCAAGGGCCAGGCUUCACCCUGCCCAUCAGAAGGGGCCGAGUCUCCAGUUAAAGCUCAGAAGCGGAGUUCCCAAUGGCGUGUUCCUCCCACUGAAGAGGAACCGACGGCAAAAAGGCAGAAUCUGGAGCAGAGUGAUGGUCCCAUUUCACUGGUGGUAUCUAAGAAGAACGCUAAGCCAACAGAUGCAGGAUCUGCCUCAGAUCGUAACUGCAGUCCCAUUGACCAACUUCAGUCCGAAGCAGGGGUGCCUGCUGCUAUAGAAGCUGCUAAAUCUUUGGAAACUUGGGAGCAGGAAAAGCCAUUUAGGAAUAAGUGUUCGAAAGAAAAUGCAAAGGAAAAUGAACAGGCCUCUCAAGAAAAUGGCAAGCAGUCCUUCUUGCCACAGUAUCUCUAUGUGCAGCCUGCAGCUGGAUUGAAUGGGUUUAAUUUCCUGUUUCCUGCCAACCAAGCUCCUGGUCCCGUCAACCUGUCUUCAAGCCGUUUGCCUUCGCUUAACGUUCCCUGUAUGAUGGUUCCAUCUACGGCCUUGGCACCGUUCCCUCUCAUCUAUUCCCCGGCAGUCACAAGCCAACUUUCUUCCGCUCCUGCCGGCUCCUUCUCAAAUGUCACGUGCAUGAAUUUCAGAAUGCCUGGCCUGGCACCUACAACACCUGUUUUCAUUGGGACCCCAGCAGCAGUCGUCACUCCAAAUUCAUCACAGCUACCAACCCUGGAGCCGCACCAGCAGAUUCAGCCAGCUGUACACCUGAGCCCUGUCCUCGGGUCUGCCUGCGGCUCCGUUAAAGCAGACUCGCCGGUUUGCAUGGGGCACCCAGUCACCCUCCUGAAAUUCCAGCAGUCUUCUGCAGCCCCGCUGACUCCUAAGAACAUGCAUUCCACACCCCAAGAAGUGUUUUUCAAGACCCCCGGCAGCCUUGAAGACCCUGCGGCAUGGCGGAAAAGCGAAGGCAACCAGAGCAGAACGGCAAGCUCUGUUCAAAGAAGAUUAGAGAUCUCCAGCAACAGCUCUGACUAAUCCUGCUCACAGCAGAGGUGUGGGCAGCUUCGGAUGCAGAGCCUUAAACUUUUUUUACAGAAAUAUUCAGUUAUUACAUAAAAAGGAGAGAAGAGGUUUUAAAAACAGGCACGCUUGCCCACUGUGCAUUUGCCAACUACGCUGUUGACGUUCUUCCUCGUGAAUCACCCCAGCUGUGGAAAUAUUAAUACCCGUUAAAAUCUGAAUUAUGUGCAUGCUGAUACAAGGGAGCAUCAGGUUCUCUUUGGGAAGUUUAUGAAAUCGUAUUAGUGAUCAGUUAUGUGAGCAGGUUUACCAGGGUCUGUUCCGAAGUCCAAAACUGGGGGAAGCUGGCUAGCACUUAUAUAGGGGAAAUGCUCUUUUACAAACACGCUAUCCUGCUUAAGUAUGCAGGAUAGGCCAAGGGGGACCUCUAAGUAAAAAAAAAGUGUAGGAGCCGGUGCUUCUUUGCUACAACAUUGAAGUAUUGCAACUUCAGAAAAACAGACUUUUGUGGAGUACUUGAAUGUUAUUGAUGUACAGUUUCCCCUGCACUUGUUCAAAGCGGAGGCGUCUGAUAACUUACAGUAGGAGUGAAUGUAUUCAUGUGAAAUACUUUAAGACCAAAACAACUGUGAAGUUUAAAAUAUUUCAGUGGGGUUCGUACUAGUGGACUUCGUAGUUUCUCUGUGUCCUUGUUUUCUGCACAAAACGUACCAGCUAAUUAUCAAUUGACACAAAGGCCUGUCCCCAACACUAUAGGGGGUGUAAUAGGUUGCUUCAAGAAUAAGGAGUCUCUGAAGUGUGUGUGGUAGAAAUUCAUCCCUAGUUUAAAUAUACAGUGGUACCUUGGUUCUCGAACUUAAUCCGUUCCGGGAGUCCGUUCGACUCCCGAAACCGUUCGA